AUGCGUUCCCCUCUCCCAAAGGUGCAGAGGACUACCAGGAAUUUUGGAAAGUUCCCCCCCCGCGCCGAUGCGGACAGUCCGCGCCGGGAAGGGCCCGGCGCGGAGGAACCAUCAGCGAUACCUCCGAACCGGCGCUGUUGCAUUCAUUACACGUUUCCGCCACAGUCUCGCACAGAGUGGUCCAAAAUGGAUCAGUCUCAGCUGAAGAAUAUCAGAAGGUUAGGCCUUUCCAAGGUUGGUGAGGACGCUCAGGGCCAGUUAUGGAAGAUCCAAGCAGAUGGGAAGUGCGUCCUGAUGGACACAGCUGUUCUUUCUAGUAAUGAACCCCCAGCGUACGACAUUUGCAUAGUUGUAAAAGAGCAGUUUACCGGAGCCCCUGACCAUUGGUUGCUUUACGUCGGACCAGAAAAUGAAUCGGGCAGAAUUAUCCAGGUGAAAGGUGAUACGUUCCCCGGCAUGACACGCCUAGACGCGGAGACCAACAUUUUCAUUUCCGCAUCAUACCGAUACUCCCGAGUCCUAGGGAGAAUUGCUCCGGAUAAGGUGGCUGAGGUUGUGAAGAUGGCAGAUGAGACGGACCCACCAUCUGCGCCGAGAUUUGCCCCGGACCUUCCGAAUUGUCAGGAUUGGACGCGCUGGGUAGUAGAAAAACUGGAAGCGAAGGGUCUUGUGCAGGAAGGGAGUGCCCAGUUGCUAAGCAAUAAAAAGGGUGGAUUUUGGAGGUAG